UCUCUUCCGAGCACCACUUGCAUUCGCUAUUCCACAGCUCCUACCACUGUCACUCGGCCAUCUCUUAACCGGUCGAUCAGCGCUGUCCCGUUCUUGCGCGCGCGACCUAGGUCUCAGGUUCGUUCAACGCAGAAAACGCCUUGGGCCACCCAUUGAGAUUUUAUCAAGAUGCUCUCAGCGCUCCCGGCCGCUCAACACGUUCCCUUCACGCUGCAUAGCGGACCACCAUACUCUUACGACCUCCCCUCAUCCCUUCUUUCCGUAACCCCGCGUUCCAGUUCCCUCGCGAUGCACGGGAAGUCGCUGUCUACCUUCGCGUCCUCAAGCACACCUCUCUCAACGUCCCGGCCUUCUGUCACGUCCCCGGGACGAAUGUUCCGCAUCUUCGGGUUUUCCCCGCAGGAAGGUUCCGCGGGCACUUCGAUUGUGGUCAACGUUCACUUCAGUCUCCUGCGGUCGGAAACCACCUUUCUCCGUAUCGUCGUCGGUAACAGGGCCCUGAGUACCGUCGUUAGACCGGCACAGUCGGAGCAAGAGAAUGAAUGGGAGCUAGAGGCCAUCGUCCCCGAUCUGACACCCGCGUCUACCGAUGCAUCUGCCUCGUCGUCCACUGUACCUGUUACCGUGCAAGCGUUGAAUCGUUCUAACGUGACUCUCGACUCUCUCACGUUUGGCAGGUUCACCUACACUCGUCGCGCCGUACCCUCCCCUCUUCUGCUGUGCAAGCAAGAAGUCACUGAUGACUUCGCGCUUGGUUCAUUGUCUGCUGCUAGCACGCCAGAUGCCAGACACGCCCACUCCUCACCCUACCCCUCGCCCCUCCUCGCCCGGAAGGCCUCGCGCCCGACGCCCGCGAGCGGAACUGCCCGUGCGCGCGCCCUGAACGCCACUAUGGUGGCAAAGGACGCGCAGUCGGCACGAGGACAGCUGAAGAAGCAGUCACUCAUGCGGGCACGGCGUUCGAGCUCCGACGAUGACGAUGCGGACAACAACUUCCGAGUAGUUCUACAGCUAGAGAUGCCCACCGACCCCAUGUCAGACAUUGAAGAGUGGGACGAGGAGGAACGCCGGAUCGGUCGUCGCCUGGUCCGUUUUACCCGCAUCCAAGACGGCUGCACACUGCACGUUACCUGCGAAGCCAUCCGUCCCUCGGAUUAUACCGACGGAGACACCGUCGUCUCUUGUAUCUAUCGGCCGUCUGAGGCUGUCGUACCUGGGGAGUUACUCGCCUCUCAGUGCUGCAUCACCUCUGUCGACAUCAUCUUCCUGCUCGAGUGUCUCGUAGGCGACAUCUUCAACAUCGAGGAGAAGAACAGGAUUCGCCGCAAUCUCGAGGGGUUCCGCCCAAAGACGGUGUCGAAGAACAAGGUUGGAUCCGAGGAAUUCUUUCAGAAGAUCAUGGACUUCCCCGCGCCGAAGCCUCGGAAUAUUGAGAAAGAUGUGAAGGUCUUCGAUUGGGCUGUGCUGCCGCAGGCCCUGGAGAAGAUUAUUUCCAAAUAUACCUUAUAUCCCGCUGUGAAGAAGGAAGGAGGCAAUAUUACUCCGCCGAUACCAGAGUCGACCAGCAUGCCGCCCCACGUACCCCAGGCAUCCGCCAACUCGCCUUAUACCGCGUCACCCACUCCGGACCACACACCAUCUGCGUCGCCUCAGCAGUCAUACUUUUACUACCAACCGAUAUACCAUAGUCCGCAAUACGCGUCGACACCCUUGGAUGCGCUAGACAGCAACAACAGCUACGCCGCGGCCACUGCCCUCUCCUGUGCAGGCUCAUAUGACGCAUUCCUGGCCCAUGCGCAGCCUCAUUCGGGUGCUUCUUCGCCGAUGCCCAUGCUAUCGACAUCAGGCGCACGGUCCCCUAUGCCGUCCGACUCUGCCUCGAUGGCAUACCCUGAUUCGUCACAGUCUCUUUAUCAGCAGCACCCCUAUCGAGGCCAAAGUCCAUAUAGUUCAAAUAACGUCUAUAUGACGCCCUUUCACGUCGAUCAUGAGCGUAUGAGGAUGUCCUCUUCGCCACACGGGUCCCAGCCGUUCCUAUGAGCACUCUACCCUCCUGACGCACUUAUGCGCUAGCUCUUCACUUGACUUGGAAAACGUUUUCCUCACGUUCCACUACCUUGAUUUUCGCACUCGAUAGCCCGUGUCUGUAGCCUUAGCGACUCAUUUUCGUCUUCCUGCACAUACAUUCCAUCGUAGCAAUACCGAACAAUCGUAUUACCUGCCUAUCAUUAUUUCUAGACAGCUCACUCGAUUGUCUCUUAUUUAUACUCCAUUAAUGCUUGGUGUAGUGUCUAGCAGCCACGUCGCUUGUGCUCUAAGUCCC